AUGGAAGACAUGUCGUCUCCCAACAAUGGAACCGCCGCGAGAGAAACGGUCGUGGAGAUACACAGCGUUUGUCUACCGCCGAAGAGAACAGCGUUUCAGAAACUGAAAAAGCGCGUUGCGGAUGUUUUCUUCCCCGACGAUCCGUUAGAGAGGUUUAGGAACCAGGCAUGGGGAAACAGAGUGAUUCUUGGUCUUCAGAGCCUGUUCCCGAUAUUCACAUGGGGCUCUCAGUACGAUCUCAAGCUCUUUAGGUCCGAUAUUGUCGCUGGUCUCACCAUUGCCAGUCUCGCUAUCCCUCAGGGAAUCAGCUAUGCCAAGCUAGCAAACUUACCACCCAUAAUUGGUCUUUGUAAGCUGGGAUUUGUGAUUGACUUUUUGUCAAAGGCAACUUUGGUUGGUUUCACUGCUGGUGCUGCAGUGAUUGUGUCACUUCAACAGCUUAAGGGUCUUCUUGGAAUUGUUCAUUUCACUGGCAAAAUGCAGUUUAUCCCUGUCAUGUCCUCUGUUAUCAACAAUCGAUCUGAAAGCAUGAGGAAGCCAAAGCUUUUCUGGAUAUCAGCUGCAUCACCUUUAGCAUCAGUUGUUAUCUCAACUCUGCUUGUGUACCUCAUCAGAUCCAAGACUCACUCCAUCUCUUUUAUUGGACAUUUACCAAAGGGUUUGAAUCCAACUUCAUCAAACAUGUUGUACUUCAGUGGUACUCAUCUUGCUCUUGCCAUCAAGACCGGUAUCAUCACCGGGAUCCUUUCUCUUACAGAAGGGAUUGCUGUAGGGAGAACUUUUGCAUCUCUCAAGAACUAUCAAGUUAAUGGGAACAAAGAAAUGAUGGCUAUAGGGUCUUUCUCUAGAUCUGCCGUAAGCUACAAUGCUGGAGCUAAAACAGCGGUUUCUAACAUCGUGAUGGCCUCGGCUGUUCUUGUGACCCUUUUGUUCCUGAUGCCACUCUUCUACUACACUCCUAAUUUGAUCCUAGCCGCCAUCAUUUUAACCGCCGUGAUAGGUCUCAUUGACUAUCAAGCGGCUUACAAGCUCUGGAAAGUCGACAAAUUCGAUUUCUUCACUUGCAUGUGUUCCUUCUUUGGCGUUCUCUUCGUCUCUGUACCUCUUGGCCUAGCAAUAGCAGUGGGAGUUUCCAUUCUCAAGAUCUUGUUGCACGUAACCAGGCCAAACACUUUAGAAUUUGGAAAUAUCCAUGGGACUCAGAUAUAUCAGAGCCUUGAAAGAUACAGAGAAGCCUCAAGAAUCCCUGGUUUCCUAAUUCUUGCUGUCGAAUCUCCAAUAUACUUCGUCAAUAGCACUUACCUGCAAGAAAGGAUCUUGAGAUGGACCAGGGAAGAGGAAAACCGAAUAAAGGAAAACAAUGACAGUACUUUAAAAUGCAUAAUUCUUGACAUGACAGCUGUUUCGUCCAUAGACACAAGCGGGCUUGAAGCUGUCUUUGAACUAAGGAGGAGGCUGGAGAAACAAUCACUUCAGCUUGUGCUGGUGAAUCCUGUGGGGAGUGUUAUGGAAAAGCUACACAAGUCCAAGAUCAUUGAGAAACUGGGGCUGAGUGGACUUUAUCUAACAGUUGGUGAAGCUGUGGAUGAUCUCUCAUCAACAUGGAAAGCUCAUGGCCAGCCAUGA